AUGAAAAAUUUAUAUAAGAAAAGUCAUCAAGAUCUUAUAUCGGAAGAUAUCACAUUUGUUGGUCAUGAGAAUGGUGCAGUAUCAGUGACAUUGGUACAAAUUUUAUCUCAAAAGAACGAUCGCAAUGAAUUGGAAAUGCUUGUUGGCUCGGUUUCUCUUACUCGAUGUCCAUCAGGAGGUUCUUAUUUAUGUCGUUCACAUUGGGAACAACAUAAAGAGCAAGUCAAAACAGCUUUACAAUAUAUCUACGGAAAAGAAGCAGAAAAAGAACUAUCCUACGAAUAA